AUGGGCGUUUCCCCACAGCAUACAUGGAGGGGAUCUUAUCUGGACAACACCAGCCACCCGCAGACGAAGUCAGCCUGCAUGAAAAUCAUCAACGGCGCCAUCAUCAUCUUUGGAAUCAGCUACCUCCUGUACGUUCUUGUGGUGGCCAUCAGGCCAAUGGUGCAACCAGCACACAACGCAGUCAAGCUGAGAGUGCACCUGCGAAGCGGCACUGGGACAGGGGACGGCGCAAACAGGGCUGUGACGCAGCAGACUGCAAGAAACGUAGACGGCAGUAAAGAACAGCUUAAGCUACUUAUGCCAGGGCACAACCAAGCGCCCUCACUACAGACUGGCUUGAAGCCCGAGUUGGAGGCCUUGGGUGACGAGGGUGCUGGCAAGAUUCCGGCUGAGUCAGCAUUGGCAGGCGGCCAGGCAGCUAGCAAGGAAGGCAAGGCAUUUCAGCAGCCGCUGAAGCAGAAGGGGUCAGGCACUGAAGGUCAGCCUGGCGAGGUAAAGGAGGCCAGAAAGGAGGUGACAGCAGAGGAGGGCAAGAAGGGGUCUUGGAAGACAGAGGGAAGUGAUGGGAAGGAGGCCAAGGUAGAAAAGGAGCUGAUGAUUUCGCAGCAGCAGAGAGAGCAGCUCAAGAAGCAGUUGGAAGCAAACCCUGACAGAGUGUCUCAGGCGAAGAUGCUGCUGACAAUCAGCCUGGAGUCUGAUGUUUUCCAGAUGGAGGUGAUACGCACGGGUCCGGAUGGGGCAUUGCUGGACCCACAGGCCUUCAUCAACUUUGCGCGCUCAAACCUCCGGGUCAUGAGCGACCUGCCUGCGCACCUCGUGCAAGCUGUGAACCAGGGCGACAUAGACACUCUCCAGCGCGUGUUCAGGCAGAUACACGCGCACAAGCAGGCGACCGAGAAAGAGCGCCAGGCAGAAAUGGAGCUGCUGGCGGCUGACCCCUUUGACAUGGAAGCGCAGGCCAAGAUCGCAGAGCGCAUCCGCCAGGCUCAGGUGGAGGAGAAUUAUCAGACGGCCUACGAGCACAUGCCGGAGUCUUUCAGCCAGGUCACCAUGCUCUAUGUGGACAUGGAGGUGAGCGUGAAGGUGAGUACAACAUACCUGCCCAUGAGCAUCACCGUGAUGGAGAAGGGGCCGGACUUCCUGUUUGGCCUGGACAUGCUGCGACGCUACCAGUGCAACAUCGACCUCAAGACCAACAAGCUGCGCUUCCAUGUGGAGCCUGAAGAGGCGCUGCCAUUCCUAUCCGAGCACGAGCUGCCCGAGAGCGUCCGCUUUGAAAUGCAGGGCGAGCCCGAAGCAGGGCCGUCAGGAGUGGCACCUGCACCCCAGCCGAAUGCAGCCACACAGCAGCCCGCGAGCGCAGCUGCCGGGGCGGCCGCUGCGGCGCGCGCCGCCAGCGCGCCCGGCCAGACCGUCGUGCGGCCACCGCCGGCCGCCGCAGCCGCCGUGCCGGCUCCUGCUGCUGCCCCAGCUCGCGGCGGUCCCUCAGGCAAUGAAGAGAGCGUGCAGAGGCUGAUGGCGCUGGGCUUCUCGCGCCAGCAGUGCCUGGAAGUCUUGGCUGCAUGCGGCGGGAAUGAGGAGCAGGCCGCAUCGCUCCUCUUUGAGAUGGGCGGCGGCCUGGGACUCUGA